GUUAGUAUGGGCAAAGCGAAAACAGUUGCAAUCGUCGGUGCUGACAAAGCUAAGUCAGCUGCUGUGGUAGGUGCUCAGAAGGUGAAGAGUGGAACCUCUGCCGGAUUCAAAUGGAUCAAGAAUCAGUGUCAGAAAUAGAAGGAGAGCCAACAGUUGAGGUUACAAAUGAAGUUGUUGAUGCUGCAGGGCAUACAAUUGGUACAUCUUUGGAGGUCAUUUCCAACUUAGGAAGGUACCACACCUUUGCUAUGAUCAUGUCAGUCUUGAGGCCCUUAGAGGUAAUGUUCUUAUGUUUGUAUGGAGGUUUAAGAAUUGGGUUAUACGAGCCUGUUAAGAAUUUGUAUGUUGGGAAAGACCAUGUUGGAGAUGCUCCAUUGGUGAAAAAAAUUCUCGCUGCAUUAACAACUGGUGCUGCUGUAGCAAUUGCAGUGGCAAAUCCUACCGAUCUUGUCAAAGUUAGACUUCAAGCAGAAGGAAAAUUCCCUCCUGGCGUGCCAAGGUGCUACACUGGAUCAUUGAAUGCUUAUUCAACAAUUGUGAAACAGGAGGGAGUCAGAACACUUUGGACUGGCAUUGGCCCCAAUGUCGCAAGAAAUGCUAUCAUUAAUGCUGCUGAGCUAGCCAGUUAUGAUCAAGUGAAAGAGACCAUUUUGAAAAUUCCAGGCUUCACCGAUAACGUUGUUACACAUCUUCUUUGGGCGGGUUUUUUUGCAGUGUGUAUUGGCUCCCCAGUUGACGUGGUGAAGUCAAGAAUGACGGGAGAUCCUAGUUACAAAAGCACCAUUGGUUGUUUCGUCAAAACAUUAAAAAAUGAUGUACCACACCUUUGCUAUGAUCAUGUCAGUCUUGAGGCCCUUAGAGGGAUUUGUCAUCGUCUCAGUUUUAUUCGAUACAACAUCUUGCCCUCAUACAUCCUAACAAAAUGGGGUAGCCGGACGUAAAAAUAUGCAUCUUGUAGAAACCGUUUGGACCCUACUUCUCUAU